AGGCACCUUGCCUAUGCGACUGCUCGCCUUGCACUACGGGGCUGAUCUCGUCUACUCUGAGGAACUCAUAGACUACCGCUUGUUGAAGUGUCAGCGGUUGGAAAACCGCAUGGUAGAAUGCAACUACUCAGACACUUUGCAGUGCCUGUGGAGCCAUUGAAGAGAUUGUAAUGUAUACAAUAAAUAAGUGUGAUGAACGAGGUCCUGGGCACUGUGGACUAUAUCGAUGAUGAUCAUCAGAUUGUCUUUCGAACAUGCGAGAAAGAAAGAGGAAAGAACAUUCUACAGAUUGGCACUUGUAGCCCCGAGCGUGCUGUGCAAGUGGCCAAACUUGUAGAAAAAGAUGUUGCAGGAAUUGAUGUCAACAUGGGAUGCCCAAAGGAAUUUUCACUGAAGGGUGGGAUGGGUGCUGCUCUGCUCACGCAAUUGGACAAAGUGAAAGCCAUUCUUACAGCAUUGGUGCAGAGUACAACCUUGCCAGUCACCUGCAAGAUCAGGGUUCUUGACAGGCUAGAAGACACCCUUGCACUGGGCAAAUUGAUUGAGUCAACUGGGGUCAAGGCACUUGGUGUCCACGGACGAACCAAAGAAGAGAGGCCACAACAUAAAAACAGGAAUGCCACAAUUAAGGCAUUGGCCGAACACCUCACUAUUCCAGUCAUAGCAAAUGGAGGAUCCAGUGAAAUAGUGGACUAUGAAGACAUCGAGCGCUUCCGUGUGGCCACUGGGGCUACGUCUGUAAUGUUGGCUCGCCAGGCUGAAAGCAACUGCUCCAUUUUCAGCAAGGCAGGCAGGAAGCCCAUAGAUGAUGUCAUUGUACAGUACCUCCACUAUGCAAUAGAGUAUGACAACAGAGCCACCAACACCAAGUACUGCGUUCAGCAGAUGCUAGGCUCCCUCCAGGAUACUGAGCGGGGCAAAGCUCUCUUGGCAAGCCAGCAAAUGGAAGAAAUAUGUAGGCUUUGGAAGAUGGAAGAAUUAUAUUCAACCUGGCAAAAAAAACUCCAAGCAAAAGCAAAAGAGCUUAAAGAUCUGUCCAAGAAUGACAGUUCAGAACCGACACUGAAGCGAUGUAAAGUGGGGAAUGAAGAAGUCUGGCAAAUGGAAGCGAAAUUUGUGAGGAACAUGUUUGAGAUGAGCAACCUUCCAAAGACUACGCUGAUCAACUGGACCCGGAAGAAUAACUAUCCACACCCAUCCUACAAGACUGUAAGUUCAGUAUUUUUUUUUUUUUUUUUUUUUAUAAACAGUAUUGACAUUGUCAAUGUUUCAGGAAGCCAAAGAGAAAAGCUUCCGCUCUGUGGUGGUUGUGGACAGCAAGAGGUAUUCCAGCACAUUCCUGUAAGUAAAAAGCUGUACAAAAAAGAAAAAAAAAAGUGCAGUAUGGUAUUUACCAUCAAUUUAUAGCAUUUGAAAUAAGUAUAUAGUAAUCAAGAUCAAGGUAUGGUUUCAAUUAUAAAUGAGCAACUUUUAGCAGCAUUUAAUCACAUCCAGUUUGAAGGCACCAACAUGAUUUGAAUGUUCUGGUGGCUGUUGGAAUAGCGUACCGAAACCAUGGUGGCAAUGCUCGUCUCCUCUCUCAGUUUCUUGGCGCAUGGUGGGGUUUGCCGAAACAUUGCAGGGGCGAAUCGAAAGGGGAGCUCCGUGUACUCAAUAUUCACCUGUGAGUAGGUCUACAAACUAUUUAAUCAAAAUAUUGAUUUUCUUUUGAGACAAUUAAAUUUGAAGCUCACGCAUACACUUCCGAAUCACUUGCUGCUGCUCUAGUGGCACCAACGAGCAGGGGCACUUGUGACAUCAAAUGUUGCAACGCUCUCUACUCCAUUGUGUUCUGCGUAGUGAGCGUCUGUCGUUUUGCAAACAGUGUCUGGUUUAGGCUAUUAUAUUAGCAGCAAGCGAUUAGGAGGGGGAACGGGUAAUGUGCUGUGGUGUGCAAUAGCACCACGAAGAAAUGCGGCUGAGUGACAUCUUAUUAGUUUUCCGACUGAAAAAUCGGUGGCGGAAGUGGGUCCGAGCUGUCUGACGCGAAUGCUGGCUCCUAGCGUUUGUGUUGUGCUAUAAAACAGUUGACACCAUGCUAGCAAAUAAAACCUUCCAUGCCAUUCUGCUUCGAAACGGCAUCUGGGUCCUCAUGUAGGCGGAUCGCGAAUAAGUCCCUUCAAAGGCGAUGCCGGCGGAUUGAUGCAAAUGGUGAAUCGUCUGAAAUCUCGUGCUGAAAAUCUUGGAACAUUUGCUGGUAACUACUUGACUAAGACAAGCUUGAUGAAUAGCAGUUCAAUAUUUCCCACGGACGAUCGCGACGGACUUCCGAUGCUGGGCGAAACAGGCUCAAGCUGCCCGCGUGCUGAUGUUAACACAUCAUCUGACGUCGCAACAAGAUGGCAGACCAGUAAAGUUGCAGGGUAGUUUUGGACAUAUCAUAUUCCUACGAUUAAGAAUUAUAUAAAUAAUUUUUACUUGCUGCUCUUGGCUAAGUUUCUUGUGCUUUCAGAAAAUAUGUUUAGUUGAAAACGUUCAAAUUUACACUGGAGCUCCCCUUCAAGGGGGUGGGGGGCGGCAACCCGGAAUGGACCUUUUGUGAGUGCCGUCUGCGAACAUUAAAUGAAGGGCAGCUUAACAUCACUCAGUCCAUCAGGUGCCGUUGUAUCGGUUUUUACUGCUUUUUUUGUCCCCAUACACCAGAUA